AUGGCUAAAGACAGUGUUGUUCAAGCCCGUGACGCUUCCCAAGUUUUUGGUGUUGCGAGAAUCUUUGCAUCUUUCAACGAUACUUUCGUCCAUGUCACUGAUUUGUCUGGUCAAGAAACCGUCUGCAGAGUUACCGGUGGUAUGAAGGUUAAGGCCGACAGAGAUGAAUCUACUCCAUACGCUGCUAUGUUGGCUGCUCAAGAUGUCGCUGUCAGAUGUAAGGAAGUUGGUAUCACCGCUGUUCACGUUAAAAUCAGAGCUACCGGUGGUACUAAGACCAAGACUCCAGGUCCAGGUGGUCAAGCUGCUUUGAGAGCUUUGGCUAGAUCUGGUUUGAGAAUUGGCCGUAUUGAAGAUGUGACUCCAGUUCCAUCUGACUCCACCAGAAAGAAGGGUGGUAGAAGAGGUAGAAGAUUGUGA